AGGCAUAUCCUCCUUACCUACUUGAGCAAGAGCAUUAGCGUCGGUAAUUUUAUCUCUGGCGAUGCUGGUAGGACAAAGCAGUGCUAUAGCAUUGACUACAACAGUUACUACACCGUCACCGAGGAAUAUUGUUACAAUGUUCAGAACCGUGAGCGCGAGUCUAGUAACUGUGACAGUUACUACAACACCAGCACCGACCUUCGCAAUCCCUAGCCUUGGAAUGUCAGCAGUUGAUACUCAGGCGCCGAAGUGGAAUAUCACCAAGUCAAGCGAAGCUUCCACCACAGCCACCGUCUUUGCUCAGAGAAGAACUACAACAAUAUCAGGGCCAAGCGGUGUUUUCAUUGGUAUAGUAGGAGCAGUAGCUGGGCUGUCAAUUCUAGGUGUAAUAGUAAUUGUUAUAUUACAUAGAAAAAGAAAGGAAAAAGAAGUGCAAGUAUAAAACUACUUCCUUUAAUAGCCUGAUAAACUAGGCCAAGCCCGAGCUGGGUUCCCAACGUGG